AAUGAAACCAGUACUUAGUGGAGGUCUCUAUGGGGUGGGGUUAUUACCGGUAAUUAUAGUAGGUAAAUAGUUUUUAAAAAAUGGAUAGCGAGGGAAAGAAAGUUAUUGUCUGCGAUAAUGGUACAGGGUUUGUUAAAUGUGGAUAUGCUGGAUCAAAUUUCCCUGAGCAUAUAUUUCCUUCAAUGGUUGGAAGACCCAUUAUCAGAGCUGUCAACAAAAUAGGAGAUAUUGAAGUGAAGGGCUUAACUGUGAGAGAUUUAAUGGUAGGAGAUGAAGCUAGUAAAUUACGUUCUAUGCUUGAAGUUAACUACCCAAUGGAGAAUGGUAUUGUCAGAAAUUGGGAUGAUAUGUGUCAUGUAUGGGAUUACACUUUCGGCCCUAACAAGAUGAAUAUAAAUCCUCAAGAUUGUAAAAUCCUGCUUACAGAACCUCCUAUGAACCCUAUCAAGAAUCGUGAGAAGAUGAUAGAGGUAAUGUUCGAAAAAUACCAGUUUAGUGGAGCAUACAUUGCCAUUCAAGCAGUGCUGACUCUUUAUGCUCAAGGUCUGUUGUCUGGGGUGGUAGUCGAUAGUGGAGAUGGUGUCACCCAUAUAUGCCCAGUCUAUGAGGAAUUUGCUCUUCCACAUUUAACUAGAAGAUUAGAUAUAGCUGGUAGGGAUAUCACUAGGUACCUUAUUAAGUUGUUACUUCUUCGAGGUUAUGCCUUCAACCAUUCGGCUGACUUUGAAACUGUCAGGAUUAUGAAAGAAAAACUCUGUUAUAUUGGAUAUAAUAUAGAAACAGAACAAAAGUUAGCGUUAGAAACAACUGUGUUGGUGGAGCCAUAUACACUUCCUGAUGGAAGAGUUAUUAGAGUAAGUGGUGAGAGAUUUGAAGCUCCCGAAGCACUCUUCCAGCCACAUCUCAUAAAUGUUGAAGGACAAGGGAUUGCUGAAAUGGUAUUUAAUACAAUUCAAGCUGCAGAUAUAGAUAUGAGAACUGAGUUAUAUAAGCAUAUAGUUCUGUCAGGUGGCUCUACUAUGUAUCCAGGUCUACCUAGUCGAUUAGAGAGAGAAAUAAAACAAUUAUACAUUGAGAGGGUUCUAAAAAAUGACAUAGAUAAAAUUUCGAAAUUCAAGAUCAGAGUUGAAGACCCACCUCACAGGAAGGAUAUGGUAUUUAUUGGAGGAGCUGUCCUUGCUGAAGUGAUGAAGAACAAAGAAAAGUUUUGGAUAACAAAACAGGAAUAUGAUGAGAAAGGUGUAGCUGUCCUAUCUAAGUUAGGAACUAGGUUAAGUUAAUAUUUAUUAGUGGACAACAGUGCAGAAGAGGCUACUGUGAUAUUUUCAGGCUCUCUCGCCUUAGUAGCUAGAACAUUGCAAUUUUGUUUUACGAAUUUGUUUUCUCUUUGUGGCCUUUUCCUGGCUCAAUCUGUUAAUGUACUUGUAAAUAUAUCAUAUAAAUAUUUAUACAAAUGUAUAAAAAGAUGGACUAUGUAUAUCUUUUAAGAAAAGUGGGAAAAUAUAUAUAAAAAUAUAAGGAAAUUCCAGUGUUAGGUCUCGGAAGAAAAUUAAUUAGCAUGUAUAGUUUAUGAAGUCCAAACCUUUUGAAAUGGGUUUGCCAACCAAGCAAAUCCUACGCCAUAUAUUUACCAUACAAGUAUUUACUAUGUAUUUUUAUGUUAUUUAAUUGUGCAUUUUUCAUCACAGUAUGAUUUGUUUUGUAAUUAUUUAUAUUUAUAUAUUUUGUUAUGUUACUAUAAUUGUUAAUAUUAAUUAUUGUUAACUUGCAGAGUAUUCCAUAUCUUAUACUAUUUCGUGUUUAAGAAAAGGAUUUAUUGUUUUUUAAAAUUAAAAAUAAUUAUUUCUUUUUUUAAAUUUAUGCAAAGGAACUGAGGGAAAUGUUUUAUGCUUGAUAUAUGUUUUAACUAAUAUUUUUUAAACAAAUUAUUUAAUUUUCAUGUAAUUUUUUUAAAUUAUUGAUGCAUAUGUAGCUUGUCAGUUAUGUAUUAUUUCCAGCCAAUUGUUAUAACAUUUGCAAGAAUUAGUACUAACAGACCCUUAGUCUACCUACCUGUUUGAUUACUUUUUAUUUUAUUUUUACAAACUCAUUUAUAAAAUGUAAAAUUUGGAUUUUUUAAAAAGUUUUUAUACCUUGGUAUCCAUCAGUGGUCAACUAAAUAUUAUGCAUAUUAUUAUUUAUGUUUUAAAUGUUUUUUUAUAUGUAUCUUUCAUAGCACAAAUACAAUUGGAAACCCAAUGAU